UAGUUAUAGUGGAGGCCAAAGUGGAGUCCACAAUAUAUUGAAUCUACUCGAGCCCAUUCCUUCUGGAGUGAAUAGGUGUCAGGAUGUCAGGGCUUGGGACUAUGAAGUGAUAAAUACCAUUAGUAUGUUUAGGAUCCCUUCAGAAAUUGUUGGAAAGCCUGUCCAAUCCCAAGCCAUAAUUCAUUUUAUUAUUAUUAUUUCAGAAAACUAAGUUAGCAACUCAAAUAGCAAUUUUUAUAUUGCUAUAAACGUAUAUUGUAAUACGUUACAGCUCAGAGAUAGACUAAUUUGAUUCAUACUAGAAGUAGAAUGUCAGCAGGGACGUAUUAAAAGUUGUGAACCGUAAGCACUUUGCAGUUCUUAUUUUGUCAUAGCCUUGAAUCUGAACUGAGGUGUCUGAGGCUGUGAGCAUUUGCUGGUGCUGUGUGCUCUAAUGGCAAAGUAGGUGCGAAGCAUGUUGUGGGUUUUGAUGCGAUCAGGCAAGCUCACUAUUGUGGCCAUAGAUUAGGCUGUGUUGAGGACAAAGGCUACCGUGGAGUUGCUAGUUGCAAUAUGAGUGCAUGCUGGUGGAAGCACCAUGGGAUCAUUGUGCAGGAUGGCUGUUCUUCUGAAGAGGUUGACGCUGCAAACCUCAAUUGGAAGAUGUUUCAGAAAACCCAUUGCGAAGCCAGACCCAGCACAGCUGUCCCUGGCUGCCUCCACCAUGAAGCUCAUGCACCUCACCUUUGCCAAAGGUUUCAGUAGUGCUGGAGAUGCCCACAGUGAGAAGAGACAGAAGAGGAAAGAUGCUUUUACUAACACUGGAAGGAAAAUCAGCGAGCGGAUUAUCCGUGUCCUAGAUGAGAAAGGCAGUGACCUGGGACUGAUGCACCGAGCCGAUGUGAUCAGGCUCAUGGACAAGCAGGACUUGAGGCUGGUGCAGAGGAACACCAGCUCAGAGCCGCCAGAGUACCAGCUCAUGACCGGAGCGCAGAUCCACCAGGAGCGGCUCAAGCUCCGGGAACAGGAAAAGGCCACCCCAAAAGCUGGACCAGCUGUGACAAAGGAACUCAUUUUUUCUUCAAAUAUUGGACAGCAUGAUUUGGACACAAAGAGUAAACAGAUUCAGCAGUGGAUUGAGAAAAAAUACCACGUUCAAGUCACAAUAAAAAAGGGGAAAAAUGCAGACCAGCCAGGGAUUGAGCCGGAUGAGAUAUUUAACCAGAUUCUCCAGACUAUGCCUGGGAUAGCAACCUUCUCAAGCAGACCAAAAGCCAUUAAAGGAGGAACGGCCUCCACGUGUGUUUUUCGUCCCUUAAGCAAGAAAGAAGAGAAGGCAUACAGAGACUCUCAGGAGGCGGAGAGAAGAGACACUCUGAGCAAGGACAACAGAAACACGGAGUCAGACGUUCUGUGUCACUGACUUUAAUAAAAAAAAUCCAGGCUCAUGCAGAA